AUGUCUAGCCUCCCUGCAAAUUCUCUUUGCAUUAUCAACCUUUUUAUGUUGAUCCAUCCUCUCCAUCUCUCUCUCACUCUCCCUUUUCAUGGCAGAUCCUCCACGUUCAGUGACCACUCAUGAUAUCUACAGCAUUUUUGGAAUCUCAAAAGAUAUAUGCAAGGCAUACAAAUCCCUAUUCUUGAAAUGGAAUAUCGAUAAGAGUCCGAAGAACAAAAUCGAACUCAAAGCCAAAUCCAAAGCCACUGGUCGUGAAGAGUACUACAAGGUCAUCAAUGGAAAUAUCAGGGAUGAGGAAACAAGUACUACAAAUAGUGAUCCAACAACACCAGCAGGUUCCAGUCAUCAUCGAAACAACGAUGAUCACUUGUUCUUCACGCACCAGACUAACUCCUUAUUCUCGAGGAGUGGAAGUAGAAGAAGAAGCAAAACGCCGACACCGAGCCCACGAUCGUCGACCAACAAUUCAAGCCGAAGAUGCACCACCCCACAAUCAAGAAGCACGAGUGGUACUAGAAGAGGCUCCUCACAAACCGAAUUCCCUACUUUCUCAAGAAAUGCGUGCAGUAGGAGCAACUCGGAAACGGAAGCCUCUCUAUUGGAAAACAUGAGCUCCUUGGAAACGGAAAAGCCACCUCCUUUGUCAAGAAAUACGAGCCGAAGGAGCUCAAGUAGUACCCCUAUCAUAUUCUCACAAUCAACAGCAAGGAGAAAACCUCCACCAGUCGAGAAAAAGCUCCAUUGCACGCUCGAGGAGUUGUGCCAAGGAUGUCUCAAGAUGAUCAAGAUUACAAGAGAUGCCAUCACCAACAAUGGGAUAAUCAUCCAAGAAGAGGAGAUAUUGAAGAUACAAGUGAAACCAGGAUGGAGAAAAGGGACCAAGGUUACAUUUGAGGGAAAGGGUGAUGAAAAACCGGGCUAUCUCCCUGCUGAUAUAAUCUUCAUGAUAGAUGAAGGAAGACACCCACUAUUUACGAGGAAAGGUGAUGAUUUAGAAAUAAGGGUUGAGAUCCCUCUAGUGAACGCCCUUACAGGUUGCUCGAUUCCGAUUCCUCUGUUAGGAGGGGAGAAGAUGGCAUUAUCAUUUGAUGAUAUCAUAUAUCCAGGCUACGAAAAGAUUAUUCCAGGCCAAGGCAUGCCACAUCUUCAGGAUCAAGGAAGGAGAGGCGAUCUUCGAAUCAAGUUUUUGGUCGAGUUUCCUAUAGAUCUGGGUGAUGAACAACGAGCCGCAGCUUAUAGAAUACUACAAGAGUGUGUUUGAUUAUCAAAUCUUUGAUUUUGAAUAAAUUUUCAUCUUCUUUACUAAUGAAAACUUAGGGCUCGUUUGUAAACUUAAAAUAUCUCAUAAUUUUGUGACUA